UGGACUAAAAUUGCACCAAUUCUUCAAGGGUUUUGUGUGAAAUUCUAUGCUUUAAUAGUCUUUCAUUUGGACAUACAUUGAGAUAUCCAACAUGUCACACACUUCCACUGGUUUUACGGAGGAACGUCCACCUGGGGCCCAGGGGCCAAUGGGCAUGGACUACGUUCCCACAGAAGAUGAGAAAAGAGUAUUUAAAGAAUGCAACCACGAAAGUUUUUGGUACAGGUCUGUGCCCUUCUCGGCUGUCAGUAUUGCUCUGACUCAGGUCUUAAUUACUAGAGGAACUCUUAUCGGUUCACCACGGUUCGGAUCUUUGCCCAAACUAGCCUUUGCUGGCUUUUGUGGCUACCUAGCGGGCAAGAUGUCCUACAUGAAGACUUGCCAGGAGAAAUUUAAAAUGCUGGACAACUCUCCACUUGGAGAGGCGCUCAGGAAGAGGACUGGCUUUCCUUUAACUUCCCAGAACUCCCAGACCGAGAUGAGUGACCCCGAUGCCCAGUCAUUUUCGACCAAUUUCCAGCAAUCAGAUUCCAAUAGCCAAAGCCAGAUGCCCUCCAGCACCAGGGAUCAGGGAUAUGGAUACAGCCCAGAGUCCUCUGAGCAGAUGGAGAGAGCAGAGGACUACAACCGUCCAGAAGUGCCAGUCCAGUCUUACCUGGGGGAUGAGGAGCCCAUGAGGAAGCCUAACAUCCUCUAUGAAGACCUGAGGAGCAAGAACAGGGAGAACUAUGAGGUCACACUGACCCAGAAGGCUGAGGCACAGCUCAAAUCUCCAGCCGCCAGGGAACCAGAGAGGUCUGCACCACAGAAAGCAGUCAAGAAGAACGCCUAUGGAGAUUCCUGGGAAGACUGAAAAUGUAUGGAAUUUAUGCAUGUCAAGCACUGGUAUCGAAUUUACAAAUUAGAGGACAUGUCAGAAGUUACCUGACAUACAGCUUGGUUUGAUGUCUUUGUGAAUUAAUAAAUGAAAACAUUUUGUAAACAA